AUGAAUCGUGAUAUGCCUUGUGAACCUAUUGAUGAGCAACCGCAAAAAGAUAUUUUGAUUGGCGCAUUAAAAAUACCAGAGGAAACGAAAAGUGAUCACGAUGCGUUAGAUGAUUUCCGCCAGAAAAUCACGUACAGACUGGAGAGUUAUGAUAUAUUGCCGUUAAUGCACGAUGAAAAUCAACGUUUAGAAGUAUUGUUAUCGUUGCGUAAUAAUACAUACUUAAAACUUCGUUGGAAUAAAUUUGUAGAAAGCGGAUCAAACAAAAGUCUUCAGCUACGUUUAUAUAGAGAUUACAAAAUGGAUUUGCUGAAGAAACCUUUAGCUAGACGAAAAUCCUUAACUGGUAACUUCUUUGGUGCAGAUAACAGAUUAGCACCUGUUCCACUUCCAUCCAAGCAAACGAAAUCAGACGAGUUGCAUAAAUUUAAGGAAGAAUCAUCAAAAGCAUGGAGAUAUUAA